AUGUAUCGAGGCGGACGUGGCGGUGGCCGUGGUGGCGGCUUUAGUGGUCGUGGCGGUCGUGGUGGUAUGAUGAAUACAGGCCCGCCAGCAAGUGUUGUUCCUUUUGGAAAAUUUGUGCAUGCCGUUGAGGGCGAAAUGUUCUGCUCGAGCACAGAUGAAAAGCAUGUACCGUACUUUAAUGCACCCAUUUUCCUUGAGAACAAGUCUCAAAUUGGGAAAGUCGAUGAGAUUUUAGGGCCCAUCAAUGAGGUUUACUUUACUGUCAAGACGGAACCUGGUGUAGUAGCGACAUCAUUCAAAGCCGACGAUAUCGUGUACAUUUCAGAUGACCGCAAGCUGCCUAUUGAGCGAUUCUUGCCGAAGCCAAAGGUGGUCGUGAAAGGGGCAAAGAAGCGCGGAGGUGCACGUGGCGGUGGUGCUGCUGGUGGUGGCCGCGGUGGUGGUCGUGGCGGUCGUGGCGGCGGCGGCUUCGGCGGUCGUGGUGGUGGUCGCGGUGGCUUUGGCGGCGGUCGCGGUGGUCGCGGGGGUGGUGGCUUUGGUGGUGCGCGUGGUCGCGGCGCACCACGGGGCCGUGGCAGUUUCCGCGGUGGCCGCUAA